AUGAGAGCGCAAGAUCAAGCACAGCUGCCACCAUCGCAAUCGUCACCACCGCAAUAUCCUCCUCUACCACAACAACAACCGGCUGUACAGCUACAGCAGCAACUUCCACAAGCAACGUGUCCCAUCUGUCAGGACGACAUAGGACCUAAUGAACCAAGGAUUAACUGCAACAUAUGUCAUAAAUCGUGUCAUAGUGGUGAGAUUACUCAAUGGCUAACUACAAGAUUAAAUCAUGGAUAUCCUGUAACAUGUCCCAAUUGCCGUACGGAUAUGAGUAAGCCUAAUCCAAAAGAUAGCUUUACAAUUCUCCACAUCAAACUUUCUUCAUUAGCAUGGGCUCUUGGUAAUCAACAACCUCCAGUGGAUCAUCCCCCUGCAUUCCCUGUCCCGCCUCACAAUCCUAAUAAUAACACUCCGCCAGGUUUACAGCCAGCUGAAUUAUUACUACAUAUUAAUAACUGGGACUGGGAAGCAGGAUUGCCAUGAGAGGCAAGCAACUAAGAAGAUUUUUGUUCAACACUUACUCAAAUUCAGACAGCACGAAUGAAAAAUAGUGUCAAUUCUGUCGUGCUCGCAUUCCAGUGCGAGACAGUUUUUUGUAAGAGGAUAAUAAUUUAUUUUGCAUUUUAAUUGGUUCACAUUUGUAUGAAAAAUAGUUAGAGAAAUAACAAAGAAAAUGAACCAAAGUAAAGAAAAAAACUGGCAAGUUUCCAGGAAAGAAAGCCAUACCUUGCGGGCAGAGUCAGUGUGAAAAUGAGGGUAGGUGUCAGUGUGGGUGUGGGUGCAGUGACGACCGUUCCACACGCAUCGACAUCCAUACCUUCAUAUAAAACCCCAACAACACUUACACGCACUGUCACAUCUAUAUCCAUCCCAGCGGCGUACCCAAGGGAGGAGCAAAUAGGCAAUUGCCCAUUUCAUUUGGAGAUUUGCCCGUUGUAAUUUUUAUUACUAAGUUUUUGCCCAUUGAAAUUUUACUUUUUCAGAAUUGUUUAUUUAUCUUUGAAUUUUUUUUUUUGCUUUAUUAUGCGUUAAUGCCCGAAGGCCUGUUAACACAACCAGAUUUAAAUGCAGUGACAAGUUAACCACUUAAGACAGAGAAGAGAGAAACACGAGCAAAAGGACAGCGAAAGAAAGUGAGAAGGCGCACACAGAUACAUAUUAGAUUUGCAUAUUGCUAGUAAACACAUACAUUCAGCGUGCAUCGGGUUAGAGGUAGAGAGAAAAAAAAAGAAAAUAUAUAAAUCCCAAUAGAGUAUGACCUACGCAAGAAGAGAUAAUACAAAUUGUAAGAGAAAGAAAAACAAAUACAUAUAUAUGAAACAAAGAGAAAAACCUGUUACUUAGAAGAGUAGGGUUAAUUCGUUUCAAUGAGUACGAGAGGGUGAUACAAGACUGGGAAGGGAGAAGAAAGAGAAGGAAACUGCUAUGAUAACUAGGGCCAGAAAUACAGCGCUACUACACCCUCGAAUUACGCAAAGGUUUCGGGGAAUAGGGACAGUAGAGAGAAAUCAUCAGGAGGAACGAGGGGAAUGGAGCACGGGUGGGUGUGGGUGUGGGUGGGUGUGGGUGUGGGUGGG